CAUUACUAUUUAGAAAAUUCUUCAAGAAACUGGCUCUUCUAUUUUGAAAUAAUGAAGGGCACUAUUGCCUCACUCUUUAUAAGCUCAGCGGUCUUCUUUCAUUCCAUAGAAUUAAGUUCACAAGUAUUUCAAAAAUAUCAUCAAGCAGCUCCAGAACGUGCACGAAGACGACAGGAACGCGAAGCUGCGCUCGCGGCAGCUGCUUCUGAAAUUCAAGCUGAGGGAACUUCUUCUGAAAUUCAUGCUGCGGGACCUUCUGAAAUUCAUAGUGAGGGAACUUCUGAAAUUCACGGUGAGGGACCUUCUUCCGAAAUUGUAGCUGUGGAAACUUCUGAACCCCAAAGACCACCUGUCUAUCUUCCACCUCAAGUUGAUCUAAGCUAUCUACCAGAUCUUGUUAUUCCCACAGGGAGAGAAUUAAUAUACAAAAAAUAUAUCCUUGGAGUACACGUACCGGAUGGAGAAGAUGGUGGUAUUCGUUAUUACUCGCUUCAUGGGGACAUUGUUAUUCUAAAAACAAAGAAAAAACUGGACCGCAAUCACCCUGAACAAGUUUAUGAGACUAAACGCGUUAACGGAAGUAAGUGGCUAAAAUACCUUGUUAAAUUUUCUAUACAGGAAGGGACCGGCGUAUGGGUCUGUCAAAGUGCCUUCUUGUAUCUGAUUUCGCAGAAUAAAGAGGUACGACGUCCUCAAUGGCUCAUUGAAAAUGCUGCUGGCUUCUCAUUUCGUCGCGGUACUGGCAGCACUUCACUUCCGCUGAUAACAACUGUUCCAUCCCCGUCACGAUUAGAUUCACUACCGAGCAUCAGGGAAUCACUACCGAGAUUAGGAGAAACACUACCGGGAAUAAUAGGUUCCGAAGCAAUGGACCCACAGUGUAUUCCUCUUAUGUCCCAGAGGUUAAGUUCUAGUCGUAGUGCUAGUGCUCGUUUGCGUGCUCCGUCUGAUGCAGCCCGCCUUCCGAGUUGUCUACCUAGUCUUAGAAUCGGAGGACGAAGCCUUAGUUCCCGUCGUGAUUCUGGUUCUUUGGCAAGACCGCAAACACCCGCGUCAUCUAUUAGAAGAAACAUAGCAUCCCUAUUCAGAGCUUCUAGAAACAACUGAGUUAACAACAAAUCAUGUAUUACAUAUGAUCAGCACAUUGAAGCCUCUACGUCUCCGCUCGCUUUUUGAGUAGUUUUUGUCUCGUAACAUUUUCUAUCAUAUCAAUUUGAGAAUUUAUUAGUACAUGUCAGUUUAACAUUUAUAAAAUUGUCU